AUGAAAGGGACCAGACAUUUUUUUAUAUGGCGUGAAGAUCAUUAUUUAGCCCAAGGAGCAUCCAAACCAAUGGGCUAAAUUGUAGCGAAUUGUUUCAUAUAAGAAAAAGUACGCAAUAUUUUAUCAGUACGAAGUUUAUUUUGUACUGAAUAUUUUAUCAAUGUAAGUCAAAUCAGAAAUAUUAACAGCUGUUUUUUGCAUGUUGAUUGCUGUAUUAUAACUUUUAGUUUAUAAACUUAUGAAUGAAAUGAUAUAAUUAGAACUGAACUUCAGUGAUAUGUGAUAAAGCUAUCCUAAAUAAAUAAUACCCUACACUGUUAGACGAAAUGUUGGAAAUUUAAUUUUAUAAUAUCUUUUGUUUUUUUGUAAAUAACUUAUCCUUAUUAAUAUGAAAAUAAUAUUUGUUAAUAAAUCUUUAGUUUCAAAUAAGUUUGAAAAAAGUGAUGUAAAAUUGUAUUUAAGAAAUAAACAUCUCGUAACAAAGUAAUGUAUUAAUUCCUCCUUUGAACCUGUACCAGUUACGAACUGGCACAAUUUUCGAUUUUGUUAAAAACUGCUGUCUGUCAUUCUGGUUUGUUUAAUUUAGUUCUAAAGAUCAUUCUUAUAGAAUUUCUAACUUUGAAAAUGCAGAGGAUUUCUGAGGAAUUGGUUAGAAAAAGAGCGGAACACAACAAUUGUGAAAUUGGGACUCUUGAAGAGUUGUCUCUUCAUCAAGACAAUCUUGAUAAACUUGAGCAUUUACAACACUGGUGCAAAGAUUUAAAAAUUCUUUUGCUGCAUAGUAAUCUCAUAAGUAAAAUAGAAAAGCGUAAAAUUCAAAAAAAAGAAAAAGAGGGAAGUCUCAUAUUAUCAGAAGAUAAGGUUAAAGGAGAAUUCAAUGAUGAACAACGAAAAAAUUUUUGGGAGUCCUCUAGUGAAAAUACACCUGAAGAUAGGAUUCAAAUGGCAAUCAUGUCUAAGAAGACAAAAGAAACACCUAAACCAUCAAGAGAAUUUGAAGAUCCAAGAUAUGUUAGAAAAAGAGUAACAAAGCUUUUUGAUGAAAAUGGAAGGCCAUAUAAUGUCAAUGAAGCAAAUAUUCCCUUCAGACUGGAAGAUGACUAUUUUGGUCAUUGUUACAAACUUGAUUUAGCAGUUUAUAGAGAAUAUCUAGAAGUGGAUGAAACCAAGCUAAUAAAUAUUUCAAAAAUGCUACAUAUUGUGAAAAAAGAUAAGAAAGAGGAUUUCAUUGAUGAUCCAGAAGUUCCACCCCUUGAAUAAAAGAAAAUGUCACUCACAUAAGAUAUAGUAAUUGAAGUUAAAAUAUAAAUUAAAAAUAGUUUUCCAACUUCUUAGAAUUUCUAUGAAUGGGAAAAACCCUAAGAAUGAAUUAUUAAAUAGUGUAAUUAGUUCUUAUUCUAAUUUUUGUUUUCUUGUACGGUUAAAAAACAUUUCAUUUUAUUAUGGAUUAACUUCCAAAUUAAAUAUUAUUUGUUAAUUGUUAAUUUUAGUUUAAAUUUAUUUCUUAUUACAACAUUCAUUGUAAUUUAUAUUUUUUUACUUCUAUAUAAAAACAUAGAAAUGUUAUUUAAAUAUUUAAUGAUUUUUCAACCAUUAGCUUUUUUAUGAGUUAUUUUUGUCAUACUAAUCUUAUUCAGCUUAGAUACUUAAAUUUUGUAGAUGUGAGUGAAUUUCAUUUUCCUUUGCAUUCACUAAUUCACAUUCUAAUAUAAGUUGAAACACCGCCUGACAAGUUUUAAAGAAAAUGAGUCAGAUAGCUUACUGGAUAAAGCCAGAUUGAACUAUUAGAAAUAUAUAUUUCUAAGACAUUUCGAAUGGAAAUAUGCUCUAAAUGAUAAAAAUGCCAUUGCAAAAACUUAGGAAGUUUUUAAAAAACCUCUGUUACAAUUGGGAGAAUUGAAUUAGGUGAUGUUAUAUAAGACAACGAGAAAUCAGUCUAAAAUAAUUGAGCUGCACAUUAAUGAUUCAUCAAAAAAAUGUUUUUUUUUAUAUUAUAUUUUUUAAAUUACAAUGAAAAAGCUUACACACUGGCAAAUUUCUAUUCUUUUAGUAAAUAUAUUUGAAAAUGGGCUGCGAAACACCAAGUGAAUUUGAUGGGCUGUUAUCUUCUUCGCUGAAGCCAAUCUCAGAACUGUUGUUUUUUUAUCUAUGUUAAGAUUCACUAGGCAACAGAGGGGAAAAAAGUGGUUGAAUAUGAUUUAGAUUUAGGUGAUUAUAAAAUUGAAAUAUUUGUCAUAUGGCCUUAUAUCAAAGUAUAUGUCAUUUUAAAAACUUGAGAAAAAGACUAUUUUUGUAACAUAGCUUCAAUUCAAACCAAUGCUAAUGAUCUUUUUUCCAUGAUUCAACAUGAACAUUCUUUUAAAAAAAUCACUAGAAACAGUUAGAGUUGAACCUUUAAAACAAAAAUAGGCCUUUUCUCCACUUUUUUCAAAUGAAAGAUGUCUGUCAUUGGUAUGAGACCACUCAUAUAAUUAAUAUUGUACUGUUGGAAUGUUCAUGGUAGAGGAUUUCACAAUAAGAAGAGAUUUCAAAUAAAAUGGGAUGCAUGAACUGCUUUUUGAAGAAUUAUGAUUUGUCAUUAGUUUCUUCAUAUGGACAUUUGUGAUCAAAAGCUAUUUUUCUCAGAUAACAUUAUUUUUUUCGAUCAUUGAAUUUAAUGAAGAAAUAACAAAGAUAUGGCGUACUGACAAAACAGUUGAUUGGACUAGUCAGAAAUCUUGUUAACAUAUCAUUACCAAUUUGUUUGAAAUAAAUGAUUGUAAUAAUAAUGAUAGUAAAAUAAACAUUUACUCAUCAAAUAAUUUUUUUUUAAAAAACAACUGCUAUUGGUUUAACUAUUUAUUUUAUUAAUAAUAAUUAAUUAGAUAAAAAAAUAUUACAGUUAAAAAGAAAAUUGUAAUUUAUACAAUUUAGCAUAAUAGUUUGUGCUUAUACAGUGUUUUAUGUUGCAAAUAAAUCAUUUCCAUUAAUAAAAGAAUAAUUGUGACUAGAGUUAAAUGAAACAAUAUAAUGAAUUAAAAAUUCAAUAGUGGUGUUAAAAGGAGAUGACUAUGAUAUAUAAAUAUAUAUAAUUUUUUAGCAACAAAACAGUAAAGAAACAUUAAAUUAUAUACAUUGCUAUUGAAAACAAUAUCAAUUUAAUGUCUAAUAAAACUUUUUUUUUUUAAAGUAGAGAUGAUAAAUACCCUUAUGUAUAUAAAAUUUUGAUAAAGCAGUAUUUUUAAUAAUUAUUUAUUCUAUUACAUACAUAAUAAAACAUGCAACCUUUUAACUGCAAGUAUAUAAUACAUAUAUAUUUCUAUAGUAUAUUAAUUUGUUCUAAGAUGAUAAAAAAAAUCUAGUAUAUGUAUAUGAAUUUUAGUGAAAAGAUAAGCAGAAGCAUAAUAAAAUCAUGCUCAAGGCACAGAUUAUAUACAAAAAGCAAUAAUAAACCAGUUCAUUACAAUGGUUACAAGCUAAAAUUAACUUUAAACAAUAAUUUUAAUAAAAAUCCAACAAUGAUGAAUAGUUUUCAGAGGCCGUUUUAGAAAUAAUAAAACACAAAAUUUUAACAUUCCAUUUUAUAAAAUCCUAGUUUAAUAUCAUUAAUAUUCUAUUUAAUUGAAAUUAAUGUAGGAACAACAUAUGUGUAUGUAUAUACAAUUUCCUUACAUCAAAAGUUCAAAAAUAUUGUAUAUAUAUAUAAGCAGGAAUCCUAGUAACAUUAAUUGAUUACAAUUUGAGACAUAAUACCACAACAGAAAUAAAUCAAGAACUGCUAACAAAGAACAAUAAUUUAUCAGAUAAAAAUACAAAGGCAAAAUACUCCUCAAUGUAAGAGAUGAAAAAUGCUGGCAUAAUUGUAACAAUAAUUACUAAAUUAAAAACUAUAUUUGUUCGAUACUCAAUGUCAAUAUUUAAAAUUGUCAUGUUUUCUAAAAUAAAUGUCAUCCAUCUCCUUUCAACAUAAAAUAAGAGAUUUUCACAUUUAGCAACACCCAAACUAUCCAACAUAACAACGCUAUUAAGAGAAAGUCUACAGCAUCUAACAUUAAAAAAACAAAAAAAACAUACCUUGACCAAACAAUUUUUACAGCAAUAUGUAAUCACAUUAGAAAAAUGUUUAAAAAAAUAUAUGCUGUAUUAAGAAAUAUUUUUAAAACCGAUAACUUUAAAGUUGUGCAUAUUGACAAGUAGUGUGUAUCAUAAGUAUGUUAAUCAUGUCAAUAUACAAUCAUUAUCACAAUAAUCUAUGGCCAUAAUAUACCAUUUCAGAGCAGAAACUCUUAGUCGAAUUAAAACCUCCAAUAAUUACAACUUUCAUUCUAAUCCAAAUAAUGAUAUUAAUAACAAAAAGGGUAGUUGAUCUUCACCUAGUAAGAAUUAAAGCUGAACAUGACUAUAACACUAAUGAGUAUUAUUCACUAUAAAUGAAGGAGGCUAAAAGUAGAAACUUUCAUUUGUAAUUAAUCGGAGAAUCAGUAUAAAAAAAUAUGUAAUUACUAACCAUGUUCUAAAUGUUAAUAAAUAUAUACUUAACUGAGUUAAUUAUUAAAAUCACUUUCCUUCACUACUGAUACAUUCAUAUUAUGAAGGAAGAAUUGUUUAUUGCCACCAGCAUUUUUCGGAAAUCAUUAGUACAUUUUUUUGGGGGGUUAAUUUAUUAUUAUUUUGUUUUUUAAUAACAAAGUCGCAUUUAUCUUGAAGCGAGAGGACUAGUUUUAUACGAAAGCAUCGAGAUAAAUAAAACAAAACUUGGGGAAAAAGCAUCAAGCCUCUCAUACAAGUUGUGGAAUGAAAACUUACAUUAAUGAACACAUAUGCACAAAACAUUCAUAUCACAUACACAGGCACAUAUACACUAGAGUGGCACAAUUGUCUCCUCCCCGAGCUGUUUUGCAUUGGUGGCAAAGAUGCAACGCAUUUCUUUUUUUUUAAUUAGUCUUCUCUUUGGUAGUGCACACAG